UUGCCUUUUCCCAUACCGCCGCGCUGACGGGCUCGAUUAUUUGAACGUCUUCUUUUGCCUUUCAGGCGUGCCGGCUGGAACUUAGCCCGCGAGUCCAUCUCCUCGUUCGCACUUGGCUUGUGGAGGGUCUCGAAAACGACGAGCGAGGCCCUCCGGUGACGGUCUGACAGUCUGCUCAUGAUCUUAUCGGUCAGGCCCAGUAGAGCCUGCGGUUCAGCCGGCAGUAGCCUACAGGCCAUCGCGCGCGAGAACUUGACAGGGAUCCUUUGGUCUCCUGCAGCCCGAUCUCAAUCUCUCCGGCGUCUACCGCAGGAUCGGCCUCCGCAACCACUACAGAGAACACGACUCCCCUUCCUUCAAGUACAUUCGUCAAGAGCUUUUCAUUCGACCCCAAAACGUGACUCGUAUACUCCGCGAAUAUCAUACCGCGUCGCGGCCUCGUCAUCAGGCAAGAGCCGCCGAUUCCUACCCACGAAGAAUGCCUACAACUUCAACCCUGAGCUUCAUGACGCCCUCGGCGUUGCCGUCGACACGCAGGACCCCGCGACCAAACGGAAACGGCGGCCGGAUAGCGGAGAGGAUGCUUUCUUCGUGAGCACAGUAGGCCGGCGGCGUGAUCCAUCCAAGGAUAACACCAUUGCCUUCGCAGUGGCCGACGGCGUCGGCGGGUGGGCGGAGUCGCGAGUCGACCCAGCAGACUUUUCGCAUGCCCUAUGUGAUUACAUGGCUCAGACAGCGCUGGAUUGGGACGGGCCCGCUGAGCAACUCCGCGCAAAAUACCUUCUCCAAGCUGGCUACGACCGGGUUGUCGCAGACGAGACCAUCCCCGCAGGCGGCAGCACCGCGUCUGUAGGUAUAGGCCUCGACGACGGCCGCAUUGAACUUGCAAACCUAGGCGAUUCCGGAUCUGUUCUCCUCCGUCAGGCCGCAGUUCACCAUUACUCAAUCCCACAGACUCAUGGCUUCAACACUCCCUAUCAACUCAGCAUCAUCCCUAAGCGCAUGCGCCAACAAGCGUCCAUCUUCGGCGGUGGUUUUCUAGAAGAUUUUCCACGCGACGCAAACACCACAACACUCCAUAUGCACCAUGGUGAUGUCCUUAUGCUGGCCACAGACGGCGUCUUUGAUAAUCUCAACAACCAAGACAUCCUGAAACUCGUCACCGGCCGCAUGAUCUACACAGGUGCCUGGAGAGCUUCUACAUCCCCCAACACCGGAAUCAUCCCGGCAGACCGUGAAACCCUUGAUCGCCUCACUGGUGCAGAGGGUGUCGCCACCCUUGUUCCCUCAGCAAUGCCAAAAUCAACUUCAAAUAAAUCCACCAUUGUCUCCAAUCCCAACAACCACAUUUAUACCCUGCAAUCUCUUCUUGCUGCCUCCAUUGCCGGCGAGGCGAAACUGGCAAGCUUGGAUCCCCGCCGCGACAGCCCCUUCGCGAAAGAAGCGCAACGCUAUUACCCUGGUGAUCAUUACCGCGGCGGAAAGGUCGACGAUAUCGCUGUUUUGGUUAUAAUUGCUGUGGAGGAGUAGCAUUGUUACUGCUUUUCUUUAUCCUCUCCGCAUUAACUGAGGGUUUGUUCAUCGUUACGCACUUGCAUAUUGUUGCUUUGAUAAGGACGGCUCGCAGCCUUGAUCCUGCUGAUUUCAUGGAUGGCUUGUUCUCUUAAGUAUAGGUACGGACCGGUAUAGACAUAGACACAAU